AGGGAAGUGCGUUGUCAUGUUUGCGUCCAGUGCGCCAGAGCGAGACGGCGGUGUUGUUCGUUGACUGCUCAGAAAACGGCGGAGUCAUUUCGAGUUUCCUGUAGAACGGUGAAUACUUUGAACAAUGUCGGCGAGAUAUGACAGAGCGAUCACGGUGUUCUCGCCGGAUGGGCAUCUGCUCCAGGUGGAAUACGCCCAGGAGGCUGUCAAGAAAGGCUCGACAGCGGUUGGUGUACGUGGAGCUGACGUUGUAGUAUUAGGCGUUGAAAAGAAGUCUGUCGCUAAACUACAAGAAGAGCGCACGGUGCGAAAGAUAUGUCUUCUGGACGAUCAUGUAAUUAUGGCCUUUGCAGGCUUAACUGCCGAUGCAAGAGUGUUAAUCAACCGUGCACAAGUUGAAUGCCAGAGCCAUAAGUUAACUGUAGAAGAUCCUGUUACUUUGGAAUAUAUCACAAGGUAUAUUGCAGGUUUAAAACAGAAAUAUACACAGAGUAACGGCCGUAGACCUUUCGGAAUAUCUUGUCUCCUAGCUGGAUUUGAUUACGAUGGUGUCCCACAUCUUUAUCAAACAGAACCGUCAGGAAUAUAUUACGAAUGGAAGGCAAACGCGACAGGUCGCAGCGCUAAAACUGUACACGAAUUCUUGGAAAAAUAUUAUACCCCGGAAGAGGUAUCUACGGAAAAAGGUUGUAUAAAAUUAGCUAUCAGAGCGCUACUCGAAGUAGUUCAAUCUGGACAAAAGAAUCUAGAAAUAGCAGUAAUGCGACGUGGGCAGCCGUUACAGAUGUUGGAUACAGAUACUAUAGGUGAAUAUGUAACGGAAAUCGAAAAAGAAAAGGAAGCAGAGGCGGAAAAGAAAAAGCAGAAAAAGUGAUGUCCUGUGUUUUAUUAUGCACUCUUUAACUAUACCAUUAUUAAUUUUUCUUAUAAAAUAAAUAUAUUGCAACAAAACUAAAGAAAGAAAGCAGAUAAAUGAAGCACAAUAAAA